AUGUCGUACCCGAAGGAACUCAUUUUUCCGGCCACUCGCAAACAGGUCACUCGCCGACUGAUACUUCGUAACAAUUCAAAAACGGAUUUCGCUGUCAAGAUUCGAACGAACACUACAGCGAUUACAGUGGAACCUCCACAGGGAUUUCUACGAGCCGGGCGCACGCAGUCUGCAUAUGUACACCUUGAUGGCAUGCAAAGCGCAAGGGGGCAAACAGUGAAAGUUUAUUGCCGCCCAGUGAGUCAGAAAACCGAGGCCGACUGUCGACGCUGGUUCGUUGAGCCGAAUGGAGAUUAUGAGGAUGCGGAAAAUCAACUGGCACAAGUGCUGCGUGUCAAGACAAGCAAGGGUUUCACUGCUCUUGAGAUUCGAACGAACACUACAGCGAUUACAGUGGAACCUCCACAGGGAUUUCUACGAGCCGGGCGCACGCAGUCUGCGUAUGUACACCUUGAUGGCAUGCAAAGCGCAAGGGGGCAAACAGUGAAAGUUUAUUGCCGCCCAGUGAGUCAGAAAACCGAGGCCGACUGUCGACGCUGGUUCGUUGAGCCGAAUGGAGAUUAUGAGGAUGCGGAAAAUCAACUGGCACAAGUGCUGCGUGUCAAGACAAGCAAGGGUUUCACUGCUCUUGAGGUAUGCUUGAGACCUGUCCAUCUCAAUAAUGGUUACGGCUAG